AUGCGUGGAUUCAUUGUCUUGUGCCUUGCCACCGUGGCGCUGGCUGCGCCCCAGGGAUACAACUACAACCCUGGCCCAUCCGGCUUUGGUGCCAUUACCACGGCAACUGGUGGAUCCACAUUCUUCCAGGGCGCCGCCCAGACGGCUCCAGCCCAACAGCAGGCCUUCUACCAGCAGCCGGCGGUGCAGUCCCACCAACACCACCACCAGCAGGUUCAGCAGGUGCAGCAACAGCAGCAGCAAGCCAUCGUGUCUAAGCGCUUCUUCAUCCACUCCGCUCCGGAGGAGGCCGAGGACUACAAAGAACGUCAUAUCACCGUCGGUGUGCCCAAGAGGAACUACAACGUGGUCUUCAUCAAGUCUCCCCAGCGCAACAACAGGAAGACCAUCAAGAUCAGCCCCGCCGCCAACGAGGAGAAGACCGUCAUCUAUGUCCUGAGCAAGAAGGGCGAGAGCGAUGUGCAGGCCGAGGUUGUCGAGCAGGCCAGCUCCACCAGCAAGCCCGAGGUCUUCUUCAUCAAGUACAAGACCAGCGAGGAGGCCGCCCACGCCCAGCAGCAGAUCCAGGCUCAGUACGACGCCCUUGGCGGCAGCAGCCAGCUCACCGACGAGGGUGUGGCCCCCGUGACCUCCGUGAUUGGAGCUCUGGGAAAUACCGACGGUCACGCCGAUGCUGGAUCCGCGGUUGGUGUUUCCGGAGGUAACCAGAUCAUUUCCACUGGCUCCGCCGGUUCGCACACAGGCAAUGCCUACCUUCCACCCAAUUUCUAA